AGUAGCGGCAGAGUCGCCGCCGCCGCCAGUGGGAGGAGAGAGGCAGCCGGAGUAGGAGGGCGCAGGGGACGGCGGCCUCGGCACUCUUGGCGCGGAGCAUCAGCCGCCGCCACCCCGCCGAGCUCUGCCAUGGAGGAGGAAGCCAGCGCCAGCCCCUUCUUCGCGACCCGCCGCAGCAGCCUCCCGUGAUCCCUCCGCCACUCAGCAAUCUCCCCACUGAGAACAAUGAUUCCUAUCACGGAAUUCCGCCAGUUCUCAGAGCAGCAGCCAGCCUUCCGGGUGCUGAAGCCAUGGUGGGAUGUAUUUACAGACUAUCUGUCCGUUGCGAUGCUGAUGAUUGGUGUGUUUGGUUGCACGUUACAGGUUAUGCAGGAUAAGAUCAUAUGCCUUCCAAAAAGAGUCCAGCCUUCACAAAACUACUCACACUCCCCUGAUGUGUCAAAUGUAGUCUCCAAUGCAACUCCAUUUCUUCCGCCCAAGCCAUCUAGUCCUCCUGCCACUGUUGAAAUGAAGGGCCUAAAGACAGACUUGGACCUCCAGCAGUACAGCUUCAUCAAUCAAAUGUGCUAUGAGCGGGCCCUGCAUUGGUAUGCAAAAUACUUCCCUUACCUUGUCCUUAUACACACUCUGAUCUUCAUGCUGUGUAGCAACUUCUGGUUCAAAUUCCCUGGGUCAAGUUCAAAGAUUGAACAUUUUAUUUCCAUUUUGGGGAAGUGCUUUGACUCCCCUUGGACAACAAGGGCUUUGUCGGAGGUAUCUGGAGAAGACUCUGAAGAGAAGGACAACAGGAAGAACACCACCAAUAGGUCAAACACCAUCCAGCCCAGCCCAGAAGGAACUUUGGUCAAGACUCAGUCUUUGAGAUCCAUACCUGAAAAGUUAAUUGUGGAUAAGGGGACACCAGGAGCACUGGAUAAAAAAGAAGGAGAACAAGCCAAAGCAUUGUUUGAGAAAGUGAAGAAGUUCCGGUUGCACGUUGAAGAGAGUGAUCUUCUUUAUGCCAUGUACGUUCGCCAAACAGUGCUGAAAGUGAUUAAAUUUCUUAUCAUUAUUGCCUAUAACAGUGCACUUGUUUCAAAAGUUCAGUUUACAGUAGAUUGCAAUGUUGAUAUACAAGACAUGACGGGAUACAAGAACUUUUCCUGCAAUCACACCAUGGCACAUCUGUUCUCUAAACUUUCUUUCUGCUAUUUAUGCUUUGUAAGUAUCUAUGGACUCACAUGUCUGUACACUUUGUAUUGGUUGUUUCAUCGCUCUCUAAAAGAGUACUCUUUUGAGUAUGUCCGGCAAGAGACUGGAAUUGAUGACAUCCCAGAUGUCAAAAAUGACUUUGCUUUUAUGCUCCACAUGAUAGACCAGUACGACCCACUUUAUUCCAAAAGGUUUGCUGUGUUUCUCUCAGAGGUCAGUGAAAACAAACUGAAGCAGCUUAAUCUAAACAAUGAGUGGACUGCCGAUAAAUUGAGGCAAAGACUGCAGACAAAUGCUCAUAACCGUCUGGAGCUGCAGCUGUUUAUGCUGUCUGGACUUCCUGACACAGUAUUUGAGAUUACGGAACUUCAAUCAUUGAAACUUGAAAUCAUUCACAAUGUCAUGAUCCCAGCCACCAUUGCACAACUUGACAAUCUCCAGGAGCUCUCAUUGUACCAAUGUUCAGCAAAAAUACACAUUGCGGCCUUGGUGUUUCUGAAAGAACAUCUGAAAGUCUUGAAUGUCAAAUUUGAUGACUUCAGAGAGCUGCCACAUUGGAUGUAUGGACUCAGAAAUUUGGAAGAGCUGACCUUAAUUGGUUCUUUGAGCCAUGACAUUUCCAAAAACAUCACCUUGGAGUCUUUUCGAGAACUUAAGAACCUUAAAGUCUUGUACAUUAAAAGCAAUCUAUCCAAGGUCCCACAGUCUGUGGUCGAUGUUUCAAGUCACCUUCAGAAAAUGUGUAUUCAUAAUGAUGGCACUAAACUGGUGAUGCUUAACAAUCUCAAGAAAAUGGUCAACUUGACAGAGCUGGAGCUGGUGCAUUGUGACUUGGAGCGCAUUCCCCAUGCCGUUUUCAGCCUUGUUAGCCUCCAGGAAUUAGACUUAAAGGAAAACAAUCUCAAAUCGAUAGAGGAAAUUGUUAGCUUUCAGCACCUUAGAAAACUUACAAUCCUAAAGCUAUGGCACAACAGUAUAACCUAUAUCCCUGAGCACAUCAAGAAGCUUACCAGUCUGGAACGGCUUUCUUUUAGUCACAACAAGAUAGAGGUGCUCCCGUCCCACCUCUUCCUUUGCAACAAAAUCAGAUACUUAGACUUGUCUUACAAUGACAUCCGAUUCAUUCCCCCUGAAAUUGGAGUGCUCCAAAGUUUACAGUAUUUUUCAAUCACGUGCAACAAAGUGGAGAGUGUGCCAGAUGAGCUAUACUUUUGCAAAAAGCUCAAGACAUUGAAGAUUGGGAAGAACAACUUGUCCGUUCUCUCCCCUAAAAUUGGGAAUCUGGUACUGUUAUCCUACUUGGAUAUUAAAGGAAACCACCUGGAAUUUCUCCCACCAGAGCUUGGCGAGUGUGGAGCUCUAAAAAAGGUCGGCCUGGUGGUUGAGGACGCCUUGUUUGAGACUCUGCCUUUGGAUGUCAGGGAGCAAAUGAAGGCAGAAUAACUUCUGUUUCCUUAGUUACUUUAAAGAAACAUGCCUCUACCGAAUGCCUUGUGCAUAACUAGCUAGCCUGAAUAUGCCUUUCAAGUAUGUUAUUUUUAGUCUUUUUGACACACAGUUUUCUGUAUGGAUACGUUUGUAUAUACCUAUGUUUAUAGAUUUUUUACACGCUUCUUUCCCCCAGUGUUGUAAUUUUAAAUUUUUUCAUUUCCCCUGA